AUGGGGAAAAGAUACUAUUGUGACUACUGUGAUCGGUCCUUUCAGGACAACAUGCAUAACAGGAAGAAACAUCUGAAUGGAGUUCAGCAUCACAGAGCGAAAAAAGCCUGGUUUGACCAGUUCCGAGAACCAUCAUUUGACUUUCUUUCCAAAGACUCUGCAGCUAUUCUGUAUGACGAGCAAUUGAAGAAACCAUGUCGGAAGUUUCUCCAGAAAGGAAUUUGUGAUUUUGGCUCAAACUGCCGAUUUUCUCACAUGUCUGAAGAGGAGCAGUUAAACCUGAAGAGAUGGUUGGAAGAGGAGAAGCAGCAUAAAGAGGACUCUGAGGACAGAAUCAUGCUAGGGCGAAGUAUCGAAGAAUGGUUUUCAAAAAGGGAAAAGAAGCAAGCUGCCCUUAAUAGAAAAGGGGAUAAAAAGAGUAAGGAGGACAGUGAGGAGGUGGAAGUCGAAAGUGAGAUACCUCAACAAUUACUCUCCAUUCCUGACCUCCCACCCUCCCUUCUACCUCCACCUCCAGGUGGAUGGAGAGUCAGAGUAAACACUGAAUGGGGUUGA